UGCUAGCGUGAUGCUAACGUCGCGGCAGGGCUUAGCUUGACGGAUGUAGCCGCUUGUGGCUGAAAUCAUGACCUUUUAAAAAAAAAAAAAAACGAAAUAGUCACUCGUCAUGGAACAUUUAUUUUCAAUAUAUAACGCAAAAACAAUCAAAUGAUUAAUAUCAGUCUCUCUUAGGUGUUUCGCUUCCGUUGCAAACGGGGGGGGGGCACCCUAACGUUAGUAAUGUUGGCGAACGAAGCUGCACGCAAAGCCCGCUGUUUCCAUUGAUGUCCGAAGGUCCUGCCUGCAACGAGAAACACACCUAUCAAUGAUGGUUAUGGAGGAUGAUGGACGUCCCCGCAGCCAAUCAGAGACAGCCACCCUUUCACCAGUGGGCGGGACAGAACGGCUGGUCCACAGCUGCACCUCGAGGACCCCUUUGCGACCCUCUGCCCAGCGUUCAGCAUCUCAGCCUGGGCUCGCCUUCUGACCCGAGACCCCGCCACGCCCUCCGGCAGGCGUCCGACCGGGGCUGCCUGGGCGACCUCGGCAGCUUCUCAUCCAGAAACAACACUCAUCGCAGCACGCUCUUUGCUAAUAACGCUGACCCGAGUGUGCAGCAGAUCGUUCCUAAUGCUCACGUUUCACCCGUGGAUCCAGCUGCAGGCCAAGGAGGAAAUAUACCUCCAUGUUCUCUGCCUCUUAUGAGCAAAGGGACACAGCCCUGUAAGCCCCAACAAAUGUCACUUUACCCACCUCACAGCCCUUACCGAGCAACAUCCCACCAUUUCCAGCCUCCGUACGUACACCAGGGUUCACUGAAUGGACCCCAGUCGUCACAUCAAAAACCCCAGCCCAUUACCCCUCCGUCAUUUGGACAAUGUGUGAACCAGAAUCCACAGUGUACGCCUCAGCCUGCGUUUCAGAGGGCAAACGCGGAGUCUGCCGUUAGUGCUGGAUAUAUCCACAAUUAUGCCUCGACCACCUCCCCUGUCCAACAGCAGCCUCAGUGGACACACGUAAGAGGAACCUUAAACGAGUCUGUUCCCCGUGUGGCUGCACAGGACGGGAACAUCAUACCACAGGUGGGGAAAAUACAGUCUCCUAACUCUGAGUCCCGUUACGGCCUGGACCCAGAGCUCCUGCCCAGUGCUGUGAAGGUAAUUGCAGAAGACAGGGCAGAGUGGGAGGGCAAGGUCUUUGUCUCAGAGCCUUUUUGCCGUCUUCCUCCUCUGGCAACUACUUCCUGUAUGAUAGAAGACAGAGGUAACGCCAGCCCUUUCGCCAUACUCUCCACCUCAUACUGCGUGCCCUGUGAAGGUCAGACCGCCCUGCUCAGUCGUUUGCCUCUGGGGGCGGUGGUCACCCCUCUUGCCAAACAACAUGCUGGAGAGAAACCCCUCCCAGUUUGCAAAGAGCCAGAUUGUGUUGUGGGUUGUGGUUGGUGUGGAGCCUCCAUGUGCCCGGCGAUGGGCUGGCAGGACUGUGGUCAGAGAUUUUACUGCCCCUUCUGUGGUAAACUCAGUGAAGUGCCGUGGCAACACUACCAGCCCACCAAAGGGGUGGACGGGGUUCGGGUCGAUAAAGACAUGAGGCCUGAACUCAGCAUGGGGUCGUACGAGAUACUCAAUUCUCAGAGGGGUGAACCUGCUGCGCUGCUGCUAGCCAUAGAUGUGUCCGCCUCGGCGCUGCGAGGAGGACAUUUGGAGUUUGUCACACAACAAAUACAAACUCUGCUCACCUCUCUGAUCGGGGAGGGCGUCUCGUCGGACGUCCGCGUUGGUUUGAUGACGUACGACAGCAGGAUCCACCUGUACGACCUCAGCCCCGCCUUGUCCCGCCCACACAUGCUGGUCAUCACAGAGACAGAAGACCUGCAGCUUCCUGUGAGGGAGGGUCUUCUGGUGCCCCUCAAAGACUGUAUAUACGGUAUCGACAGUGUGUUGCAGCUUGUUCCUCAGUUCAGUGCAGAGUGCGAUGACUCUAGCGGAGUUCCAGUGGAGCUGCCUGUCAGAGCAGGGCUAGCCGUGCUGCAGGCCCUGAGUUGUCCCGGCAAGCUGCUGAUCUUCCAUACUGCCUCUCUGAUAGAGAUGGGACACACAAACUCCUCCUCAGGGUUCUUUGGCUCCAACAAACCAAAGUCCAUCUUUCAGCCAUCAGAGUCUGCCGUCUCAUUGGCCAAGGAGUGCGUCCGUCAGGGCUGCGGCGUUCACCUGUUUGUCCUCUCCCAACAAGACGUGGGCGGGGCUUGGCCAGGGAACGUUCCAUAUCUAACAGGUGGAGCUCUGCACACCUACAGCCACCUCCAGGGAGAAUUGGACAGGGAGCGUUUCAUCGCUGAUCUUAAGAAGAUUGUGGAGACGGACACAGGCUACAAGGCCGAGCUCAGGAUUUUUGUCAGCAAAGAUUUGCGCGUGUCUGGCUGUUACGGACUGUUUAUCCCUGGACCUAGCCCCGGCCGGGUCGCCAUGGCGACCCUCGACCGGUGGACAACACUGGCUGUCGAGCUGGCCCACACCAGAGGUCUGGAUGAGACGAGGGGUGUAGCCAUACAGACUGUGUUGUCCUACAGCACCCAGACAGGGGACAGGAGGACCAGGGUUCACACUCUGACCCUGCGGUGCUCAUGCCACCUACAGGAUACUUUCCGCCACUACCAGGCCCAAACACUACUCGCUUUCUACUGCAAGAAGAUGUACUGUGCAGUGUUGGAGCGCCCUCUACAGGAGCUGAGGGAGGAACUGCAGACAGAGAUAACAGAAGCAUUGGCGUCCUACCGCAAACACUGCUGCUCUGCCUCAGUGUCUGCUGGACAGCUGGUCCUUCCCCAGUACCUCCGCGCUCUUCCUGUUUACAUCAACAGUCUGAGGAAGAGCGAGGUGCUGCUGCCGGGCCUGAGGAGCUCCGUCCACCGGCGACUGCAGCAGCGCUGCCAGGUGCUCGGCAUGGACACCUGCAGCACCGCCACACACUUCUACCCUCUGCUGCUGCCUCUGCUGCCGUCAACUGAGAACUCCACUCCUCCCAAGCCAGAGCAGGCACUGCGCUGCUGUGCUGUCAGCCUGGAGCCCAGAGGUCUGUAUUUGGUCCACGCACCCCUCGCUCUGCUGCUCUGGGUGGGCGCCCAAGUCCCAGCGAGCGCCCUGGUCGAGCUCUUCAACACCAAUUGCUUCUCUUCUCUGCCCUCUGGAGAGACCAAGCUGCCGGUCCUGGAAAACCCUCUGUCCGUCAGAAUUCGAUCCCUCGUCAACACACUGAACUCCCAGGUGCCCUGCGCCCGCAAGCUGUGGGUGGUGAAGCAGGGUGACGCCUGCGAGGAGGCUCUGCAGCGCCACCUGGUGGAGGACAAGAGUCCCAACGGAGGGGCGUCCUACGCCGACUUCGUCUACCAUCUUCACGUCAACUCCGUGCGGCUGCUGCAGUGACCCACGCACGGUUUCCGACCCCUCUGCUCCUGGUGCGUUAUCUUCUGCAAAAGGUGACACUGCAGCAUAUUUGCCCUAAAGAUAAAUAAAUAAAAACAAAUAAAUAAACGGAGGGAGAGGAACGAAAGUCUUAUUAGAUAUAACUGCAGUUUUGAAAUAUUAAAGGCCUGUUACUAGAGAAUCAGGCAGUGCAUGUGGACGUUUUAAGAGAUUUUAUUUAUUUGACGACUGCUGUGACGUCGUGUGUGUGACGUGUGCCCUGACGAAUUUGAUCUGUGCUCUUCUGAAAAUGUGUUUACGAUGUUAUCUGUUCCUGCGUCCUCGGCAGUUCUCCAAUCCCUGCCUGAGAUUCGCGUGUGUGCGUGCGUGUAUAUACAAUCUUCUGUAAAUAAAAAAUAAAGGCUUUAAUUGAA